CGAAAAAAAUGUAAAUAUUUAUCAACACAGUGUUUAUCUAACGAGUAGAUUAUGGUAAAACACAGAAGAGAAACUCGUUUUUAGACUUAUCCGUGAUUUGGACAGAAAUGCAAGACGAGGGACAUGUACUCUUUUGUUGUCAAAGAUGCUGGACUCCAUUAAGGCUGGAUACAGGUUUCAGUUGUUCUCUGGAUGAACAUACUAUUGCAGAAUUAUCUUUGCCAGCUGUCAGAACACCUGAACUAGAUUAUGCAUCACAAAUCUCAAGUUUAGAUAACUAUGUCCCUAAUCAUCAAGAUCAUUUAUCUACUCAUCAAGGUUUCACAAUUGUUGGUCAUAAUAUUGUGAGAACUGCUGGAAAUACGCAAAAUGUUGGGCAUCUCAGUCAUUUUGUAAAAAAAUCAGCUAGAUUGUUUGAUCUGGUUUCUAGCACCUCAGAUAUUGACCAUCCUCUUUGUGAAGAGUGUUCAGACUCACUCUUAAUACUCCUGGAAGAACAACUUUUUCAAAGUGAAGAAGAAUGUCAAGAAUAUAAGCAAUUUCUUGCCAAGAUCACCAAAGAAACUGAAGAUGAGAAUUCAAUAAGUCUGGACUUAAUAGAAAAAGAACUCCAGUCUUUGCAAAAUGAAGAACUGGAAUUGAAAGCUGAACUGAGUGAACUAGUCCAUAAACAUGAAGUAGUCAGUAAAGAAAUUGAAGCUGAAAGUGAAGAAGAAAACAAUGUUAAACAAGAAGAAGAUAAAUUUUGGAAGUCCUACAGUGUUCAUCGCAACCAACAGUUUCAAGUACUCGAUGAACAACUAAGCCUUGAGUGCCAAUUGAAAUUCACUAGGUCAAAUUUAGACCGUCUGAAGCAAACAAAUGCAUUCAAUGCUGCAUUUCAUUUGUGGCAUGUUGGACACUUUGGCACCAUAAACGGUUUGAGAAUGGGUCGAUUGCCGUCUGUUCCAGUUGACUGGACCGAGAUUAAUGCUGCCUGGGGCCAAGUGACUAUUCUUUUGUCGGCGUUGGCACGAAAAGUUAACCUUGUUUUUCAGCGUUAUAAAUUGUUGCCUUUUGGUAGUCAAUCAUGUAUUGAAGAUCUUGUGGAAAACAAGGUGUAUCCCUUGUACGGAUCAGGAGGAUUUCGAUUCCUGUGGGAUGCAAAAUUUGAUUCUGGAAUGUGUGCAUUUCUUGAUUGUUUACAACAGUUCCAACAGAAAGUCGAAGGGGCGCAACAAUCCGAGAAUGAUACACGGCGCCUUAAUUUUCAAUUUCCUUACAGAAUGGAACGCGGUCGCAUCGAAGAUCGUGCAACUCGUCAGUGGUAUUCCAUUAAGAUACAAUUCAAUUCCGAGGAGCAGUGGACCAAGGCGCUGAAAUUCAUGUUAACAAAUUUGAAGUGGGGAGUGGCCUGGGUUGCUGCGCAGAAUUCGUUACCAGAACUUUUAUAAUUGAUUCUCCUAAAAAUUUUCUGUUUCAAUCAACCGGAACGAUACAAAGCGAAAUAAACUAUGCCGGUUAGGUUUA